AUGCCAUCACAGCAGCGGCCCACCCCGGCUUCCAGGGUGGGGCGGGACGCCGUCGCCCGCGCGGUGGACGCCCUUCUCAAGUGGCUCCUCCGCUCCUCCAACACGAAGCGCCGCCUCCACGACGAAGCCGACGACGACUUCGUUUACCUGGUCCUCACGCUCAAGAAGAUCCCCCACCGCGGUCGCCCCUUCGCCUUCCGCGCCCCCCUCCCCCGCUCCCCCCACUCCUCCGCCUGCCUCCUCGUCGACGACCGCCCCAAGUCCGCCCUCUUCCCCGCCGCUGCCCGCGCCCAAGUCUGCGAUCUCGCACUCCCCGUUUCCAACGUUCUGGGCCUCUCCGAGCUCCGCUCCCUCUGCCGCUCCCCCGAGGCUCGCCGCUCCCUCGCGGGCUCCCACGACCUCUUCCUCGCCGACAGCCGCCUCGCCCCCCUCUUCCCUUCCCUCCUCGGUAACCUCUUCUUCAGCAAGAAGAAGAAGAAGAGCAAAAACAAGACCCCCGUGCCGCUCGACCUCGCCCUCCGCUCGUGGCCGGAGGAGCUCCGGCGGGUAUGCGGGUCGACGCUGUUCCAUCUGGGGCCGGGCACUUGUAGCCUGGUCAAGGUGGGUCGGGCUUCCCUGGGGAGGGAUGAGGUCAUCGACAACGUGUUGGCCGCCAUCAAGGGCGUCGUCGGGCACGUGCCGAAUAAGUGGAAGAACGUGAAGUGCCUUCAUCUGAAAGCGACCGAGUCGUUGGCAUUGCCCCUCUACCGGGCGACGCAGUUCGGUAUCAGAACUGAGGGUUCCGACGAUGAGGAGGAGGAGGAGGAAGAACGAGGUGCCGAAGAUGAGCACGAACAAGAUGAGGGUGCGCUCGAUGUCAUCGGCGAUGAGCAAAACAGGAUGAAGAGGACCAAGAACAAAUCAGAGAAGACGAAGACCAACGAUGCGACGGCGAUCAAGAGAAGGAAGGUUAAACAUGGCACCGAGUGA